AUGCGAGAAGAUGUCCCUGAGGAAAAGAGGCUGGAGAUGCAGAGAGAAGCCGUGGAUGCUCUUCCACCGGGAACAAAAGCAGAGAUCUUGGGAUUGAUGGGGCAUUGGGGAGGCGAUCCAAUUGAUGAUAGAUUGGAUACGAAUUCUUUCACGGUCACGUUGGAGAAGGCAUUGGAUCAUCAUGCGCUUUUUACGCAGACGUCGAGAUUGAAUCAUGCGUGCCGGCCAAACUGCCUCUACAAUUUCAACCCUAAGACCUUGACGCACAGCGUCUACACCGUCCAAGAUAUUCACCCAGGCCAGGAACUUACAAUUUCCUGUAUGUUGAGUUCCUCGAAUACUUGA